UUCGACGGCCGCGCACGACCAUGAUGGAGGGAGUCCACCAGGAAGAGACCCUCCUCCCGACGCAACAAGUCAUCGUACUUGAGGUGGAAGGCAUGAUGUGCAUGAAGAACUGCGGCACGACGGUGCAGAAUGCUCUCAAAAAUGUGGACGGCGUCGAAUCCGCCGUCGUCAACUACACGGAACACAUUGCCACCGUCAUGGUUCUCCCGUAUUUUUCGAUCGACCCGAGCGAACUCAUCGACGUAUUGGACAUGGUGGGAUUUGAAGCGAGAUAUCGAUCCCCUCACGAUAUCCAGCCACGGAAUGUCAUCCGACUCGGGAUUGACGGCAUGAUGUGUAUGAAGAAUUGCGGAACGACUGUCCAAAACGCACUUCGCCUGCAGGAAGGUGUCCAAUCUGCUUUUGUUGACUACGACAAGUCGAUGGCGACGAUUACCAUCGACCCAGAACACAUUGGAAUCGUCACGGAACAGGAUUUGAUCGACUCGGUGGAGUGCGUUGGAUUUGACGCGUACGUAUUCAACCAUGGAGAACGAUGUCGGAGACGCCUGGCGGCCAAGGCUAAGGCCGCUCUAGUGGAUGAAGAAAGGCAUAGCACCACGAUCGAAAUCGCAGAGACAUCGCAUCCUCGAGCAUUUUUCAAAGUCGAUGGCAUGAGUUGCGCCGCUUGUGUAAAAGCCAUCGAAGACGUGUUGCGGCACAAAACAGGCAUCGUGAACUGCCGAGUGGGACUCAUCAGCGCCAAGGCCGAAGUCGCAUUCGACAAAGCCAUCAUCCACCGCGACGAAGGGGUUAUCAUCGGUGACUACAUCCGUGGAGCCGGGUACGGUGCCACCUACAUCAACACAGUCGACGGCGACGACGACAGCUUCGAAGUUCAGUACGUUGUCGAGGGUUUAGAUAGUCCCGUCGACGUGGAUGGAGUGGAGAAUGCUGUCAAGGCGCUGCCGGGAAUCGUAAGCGUCUCCGUCAACGGUUCGAUUGUGUCAGUGCACCUCAAGCAAAUAUCUGCGACUGGCCCCCGCACCGUGCUGGAUGCAAUCGCGACUGCUGGGUACAACGUGUCGGUGAAGGUGAAGAGCGUCGACCAAGGCGACAUGGACGAAAGCGCCAAGUGGAAGCGGUUGCUACAGAUUUGUCUGGUGUUUUCUCUCCCGGCGAUGAUUGUCCACAUGGUCUUGGGUUGGAUUCCCGCGUGCCGCAUGUACCUCAUGUCGAAGGUCGUGAACGCCCUCACGCUCAAGUGCCUUGUUAUGUUUUUGCUGACGACGCCGGUCCAGUUUGGCAUUGGGCUGCGAUUCUAUGUGGCGGCGUACAAGGGCUUGCAGCACGGGAUGAUGGGCAUGGACUUUCUCAUCGUCGUGGGCACGACGUCGUCGUACUUGUAUAGCUUCAUCACGAUGGUCGGAUGCAUCGUGAACCCAACGUUCCAUGGCCACCACUUUUUCGAGUCGUCUGCGAUGCUGAUCUCGUUCGUCACGAUUGGCAAGUACUUGGAAUCCAAGGCGAAGAAUGACACAGCGCAGAGUCUCGGCGUGUUGGUCAACAUGCAGCCCAAACAUGCGCUGUUGAUCGAGUCCAUGGAGGCGGCAGGAGACGGGCCGGCGGUCGCCCCGAAAGACCGCAGUAUUCCAAUUGAACUUGUCCAACGCGGCGACAAACUCCGGUUGCUCCCGGGGUCCCGGAUCCCGACCGAUGGCGUUGUCGUGCAGGGCCAGAGUUCAUGCGAUGAGAGCAUGUUGACGGGGGAAUCUAUGCCCGUGACCAAGUCAGUUGGCGAUGUUGUGUUUGGGUCGACAGUCAACCAGAGCGGGUUGUUGGUGAUGGAGUCGACGUGCGUCGGUGGCCAGAACACGCUCAGCCAGAUCUGUGCACUCAUUGAGAACGCCCAGAUGGACAAGGCUCCAAUCCAGGCGGUUGCGGACAAGUUUGCGUCGUGGUUUGCGCCGUUUGUGAUAGUCGUGGCACUCAUCACGUUUCUUACGUGGUACGUGCUGCUGUCGAUGAACGUCAUCCCAGUCGAAUGGAAGGAAGCGAUGGGCAUCGCGAACGCUGACCACAAAGACGAUUUGUUCAUUUCGGUCCUGUUUGGCAUCUCGACCGUUGUGAUUUCGUGUCCGUGUGCGCUGGGCCUGGCCACCCCUACCGCCGUGACGGUUGGGACCGGCGUCGGGUCCAAGUAUGGCAUUUUGAUCAAAGGUGGGCGCGCGCUUGAGACUGCGCGGUCCGCGGAUGUCGUUGUGUUUGACAAGACUGGCACAUUGACCGUGGGCCAUCCCUCGAUGACGGAAGUCGUCGUGCCUGAAGGUGGGGCUGCCACCGCUCGCGACGUGCUGUAUUACGCCGCGUGCGUGGAAACACAGAGCGAGCAUGUGCUGGGCAAGGCGAUUGUUCUUGCUGCGUCGGAGCAAGAACAGCUCCAGCUCCACGAACCGACCAACUUUCACGUGGUGCCGGGUCGCGGGCUCAAAGCGACCGUGCCCCAUCGACAUCUAUCUAAUGCCACGAUUAAAGUCGCGGUCGGUAAUUCGGUGUGGCUUGAAGAACAAGCGAUUGCAAUCCCAUCAAAGAUGGAAGCGCACAUGUGGGAGCUCGAAAACGAAGGCAAAACCGUCGUGUGCGUUGUGCUCGACAAUGAAUUUGCUGGCCUGAUUGCGCUGGCCGACACGGCCCGCCCAGAGGCGGCCGAAACCAUCGCGCAACUCAAGCGGAUGGGCACGAAGAUUUGGCUCAUCACUGGAGACAAUGCGCGGACGGCAACAGCGGUCGCGCGGCAAAUGGGCAUUGAAAAUGUCAAGGCGGUCGCGCUGCCCGGCCAAAAGGUCGAGCAAAUCAAGAUAAUUCAAUCGCAGACGAACGAACGCACGGGGAAACCGCACGUUGUUGUCAUGGUCGGUGAUGGCAUCAAUGAUGCACCUGCGCUGGCGCAGGCCAAUGUGGGCCUUGCGGUUGGUGCUGGGACGGAAAUUGCGCUCGCUCAAGCUGACAUGGUGCUUGUAAAGUCCAACUUGCGUGAUGUCGUGACCGCGCUCGACUUGUCUCGCGUGAUUUUCCAACGCAUCAAGAUCAACCUGUUUGCGUCCAUGAUCUACAACCUACUGAGCAUUCCGUUGGCGUCGGGGGUGUUUUUCCCGCUCUUCCACCGAAUGCUGCCCCCGGCGUGUGCUGGGAUUGCGAUGGCGCUGUCGUCGAUUUCUGUGAUUUCGUCGUCGCUCAUGUUGAAACGAUACACGCCCCCCGUGUUUACCGAUUCGUUUUCACUCAAGACACACGUCGGCGGGCGACCUCCCACCACAGUUGGACCGCGCAAGCUCCUUGACCUUGGCAAGAUUCGCAACCGGCCGUACCAUCCCGUUGACGUCCAAGAAAGCUAGGUAUCCCCCUAUUUCUUAAUUUAUUGCCCUGUUUUGUCUUGUG